AUGUGGGGGAGGCAGGUGUGAGGGUGCCAACUUUAGGGGGGUGAGGGGAGGCAAGUGCGGUGCCAGAGCCAUCAGUUCCUCACGUACAGUUGCCACAGUGCCACGCUUACGCCGCUGCCACGCCGGACGCCACUCCCCGAGCACUGGCCCUCCGCGACCUGACACCGCCACGCCGCCACCAGGCGCCGGCAAGGGUGUUGUGGUGCCACGAGAACCAAGUGAAGGAACUGACGCGGCGGCGAUGGAGUGAUUCACUGCACAAGGCUCCUGGCGGCGGGGCGUGAAGCGACCUGGACUCACUGCACUGUCUGACGGUGAAACAGUGCCGAGGGAAGCCACGGCGCGCCCCUCACCAAGCACGUGAUACUCUUGACACCAACAUCAACAGUGGUGCCCCUCCCCUCCCCUCCCCUCCCUCCUUUCCUCCCUGGCAGGAGCUAAAAUAGUGACUGUCUCUUUAUGUGUGGCACUGAGCAGCGUGCCAAGACUUACCCACCUGCUGCUGCUCCUGCCGCCACGGGUGUGACCUCCCCAUACACAGCGCCGCACGCAUCUGGCGAGAGUGACACCUGCCCACACACUUGUUGGGGAUGUGCCGCGAGGAGCGCUAACACCUGCAGCAUGUGGGAGUAGCUGAUGCUGACUUUGCUGUUUGUCUGUCGCUCCCUCUACGCGGCAGGGAAUCAUGUGAAGGGCGGGCCAGGGGCGGCGUGUGGCGUCCCUGGAGCCACCAUGGAGUCGUCGCGUCUCCCUCCCCCAUGCCGCCGCUCCUCGGAGGAUGCUCGUAGCGGCGCCGGCAAGAAGGAGAUAGAACGACCCACCUCCCUGCCCCUCCGCUCCUCCACCCCACGACGACUGUCCUCCAGCGGCGGGGAUCCUAGACAUGCUCUUCAACCAGAGCCACUCCCCCUUGACCCUGACACCACACCCGAGGACUCCCUCCCUGAACUAAGUGUCAUACCCGAGGUCCACGCCUCAGCGGCCUCGCCUGAAUCCCACACACCUGUUGCUGACGCUGACGCCAGGCCGGACUCCCACACUCCCGAGUCUAGCGCCACCCUCGUGCCCCUCACGCCUGAGCCAGAUGCUACCUCGGAGUCCCGCACACCAGACUCCCACACACCUCGCUCCCGCCGCACCACGCCCGAACCUCAUUCCGAGACCGCAUCCCUCAAGCCGCGGCCGAGGCACGCCGUGUCUGGCGCCAGGAGCGUCAAACGAAGAGGCUCUCAGGUACGGCAGGGGAGACCUCGCAGGGCGCUGUAUGUGGCCACACCCUUGCCGCCGCCGACCCGUGAGCACAAUGUGGGAAGGUCCCAAACUGAGCCACCCCCGAGCCCUGACAUUCUGGAGGUGUCCUGGGUGUGGGAGUCCUCCCGCCACACCUCACUCCGCCGGCGGGCCUCACGACGAGUGUCCUCCCGCUGGAAAAGACCCCGGGGGAUGCCGCGCCGCGCCCCGCUGCGAGGCGUGAGGCUUGGUGGCUUAGGUGACGAGUCCUUGGAAGACAAUGGUGGAGACGACACGGUCAUGAUCUGGCAAGGGCCGAAACAGGAAAUGGAGGUGGCGGGGCGGAGCGGUGCAGGGCGUCACCAGGGAGAGGAUUCUGGGGACACAGGCGUCAUCCGUCGUAGAGCAAAGUCGGAGUCCGCUGCGGCCUCCGUGAAAUCCUUAAAGAGAAAGUGGCGACAUUCUGAGGUAUUAUUUCCGCGACUACUGUCGGAGGCUUUGCAGCAAGCUAAAGCCGACGAGAGCGGUGACAAGAGCAGGACUCUCCUGGAGAAGGCUAAGAACCUUCCCGGCUAUAUGAGGAGGGUUUCCCACGUGUUGUUUAAGAACAGUAAAGAUGAAGAAGAGGCUGACUGCAUCGUCAAGAGACUCGGAGGCUCCACGUUCUAUGUGGAGGUUGGAAAUUGCCUGCAGGAGCGUCCAGGGACUGUCCUGACGGAAGCCAGUGGCGGUGACGCUGCGCGAGGCACCAAAAAGCACGGCCCUCCAGUGCGGGCUGGAUUUCUGCGGCCUCGAACCCUCAAUUGGAACCAAAAAUACAAGCGAGCAAUGGUGCAGUGCAGGACGCCAGGCCCCGAUAUCUGCAUCACAUCCCCUGAGGGACCCUGUUCCCCCGGGGGGCAGGAAGGGGACGGAGACACCAGGAACGAGGACGGCAAGGGACUGCUGGGGAGGAUCUUUGGACAGCUGCGCCCUCGCUCCACCUCCACCUCAAGGUCUUGCGUGUCUAGUCGCAGCAGCAUGAGUGGCGGCAGCGAGGACGGUCACUCUCCCUCACACUCGUCGGACUAUGAAGAGCAGGAGGAGGCGGAGAGGACAGGGUCAGCCUCUCUCGUGGGUCGCAUGCGUGGUCUUCGAAGGGACAUGCAAAAGAAAAUCUCUCGCCUGAAGAGUCCCAGAGGCAGCACAUCCAGUUCCCCUGGACCCUUGGGAGCCAUGGACCAGCCCCGGGCCUCACUCUCAGCCCCUGCAGCCCCCCACCCUGCUGUAGCCUCCUGUGAGAGCAUUCCUUCAUCAGCCCCUCCAGCUGCCGCACCCUCAGGAAGCAACCGGUCCUCCCUCUCCGGGGAAGAUGCUGAACCUUACACAGGUCCCUUCAUCGGCCGUGCACGGGCCCUGGUGGAUUGUCAGCCCUCACCUUAUGACCGAGACGCACUCAAGUUCAAGAAGGGAGACACCAUCGACAUCAUUGCCAAGAACCCGUCUGGCCUGUGGAAGGGCUGUGUAGAUGGCAGAGUUGGGCAUUUCAAGUUCAUCCUGGUGGAGGAAGAGGUGGAGCGUCCCGUCCGCAAGAGUCGUGCUGGGAGAGGCACCACACCACGCCGUGGCCGCUCCCGCACCCUGGAGGAACUGCUCACUCGCCUCCACCUCAGCCACCUCAUUCAGGUAUUUAUGCUUAAUGGGUAUGAAGACCUGGAGCACUUCCGUGACAUGGAGAAGGCUGACCUUGACUGUCUGGGCAUCACUGACCCAGAGACGUGUGCCAAGCUGCUGACAGCCGUGGCUAUGCUCCAUGAUGCUGAUUCUGAGCCUGAGCCAGACCUCCCGGAGACUCUGGAGACCACUGAGGCAGCCCUGCGACGGGGAGACCAUGGCCGUGACUCUGGCUGCUACACAGACCAUCGCUGCUCCACUCAGCCACCAAGUGUUCUUGAUGAAAAUAACCUGGACACCCGGCAGUCCACCCCUUCCACAGAUACCUCCUCUGGAUACCACUCCCGGGGUCCCUACAACAUUCCUGUGGGAGAAGGUGGCCAAGCCAUGCGAGAUGAUACGCACGGAUCAGCCCUUGACUCCCCUCCUUCAGAGGCCACUACCACCACCAGUGGCACGGCCACACUACCUUCCAGCACGUCAGAGUCUCACUCCUACCGUGCCCACCCAGCCACUGUCCUCCCAGCCAGCCCUCACUCACAGCCCCGCCAUGCACACCAUCAAGGAGAUUCAAGGGUCAGGCAUGACCCAGAGGUGGACUACGAAGCUAAGUUUGUGACAGCACGCAGUGUGUUUGAGAAAGAGGUGGUGAGGCGGGAAGUGCCAGUGUCUGUCAGGGGACAGAAGCAUGGCACAGAUCCCCAGCAGGCAGUAGGUGAGGCACAGCAGGCAGAAAGUAGUGAGGCUGGAGGAGGUGCAACAGAGUCCCCUCCUUGAGUAAGCCUGGCAUUUUCAUCAGAAGUGGGUUACUCUCCUAGUUCUAGCAUAGGAACAUGAGAAUCACUUUUCAUGUGAUGCCCUUCCUCCUCACUAGUUUGGAGUCACUGUACAAGUAAUGUUUACUUGGGAUCCAGUAAGAUGGUCCCAUCACUCAGAAUACCUCCUCAGUGUUGAACAGUUGAGAAUUAUUUAAGUAUUCCUUAACAUAUUUAAUUUUCUCAGUGUUCCAUAGUGAAGGUUGGUGCAUAUUACAAAAUUGAAAGUGACUUCGAAAAGCAUUUGAGAAUAUAGAAAUAUGACAAUAUGAUUAAGAGAAAGUGAUGUGAACAACAUUGUAUUUAACUGUGUUGCAUGUCAAACCCUGUCAGUUAGUUUUUGCAAAGAAAGAAGAGAGGGAGAGUGAUUGAAGUGUCAGUGAGUGGACUAAGGAGCACUGAGGUAGCCAGACAUGAGCUCCUUUCUCAGAAGUUCCUGAGUUGGGGAGUGGCUGGCUGGAAGGGGAAUGCAGCCAACUUUUAUAGCUUGUCUUUCACCUAUAUCUUAACACAGUUAUAUAUACUACCAUAUCAUUUUAUAUAUAGUGAUAGGAUGAUCCAACAUGUAACUGAUGCUGUACUUGUUGUGAGGAUUAGCACUCUUCCCACACCAAGCUGCAACUGUGAAGGUUCUUGUGAGUCAAUCAAAUUCUUCCUCUUAAUAGUUUUAAGAAAAAUUUAAUUUAUGCAAACUUUACUUAAACAUUAUAUGUAAGAUAUACAGUAUUAAUUAAUUGAAUCUUAGGAAAUAUGUAACGAGAUCAAAAUUGUGUACGUUAGACUAUUGCCAAGUAGAGUGUAGGAGGAGAAAUGUUUUGGGUGACAAAAUGAGUCAUGUCCUGUGUUUUCCCUUUGUGGCAGCGGGAUCAUCAGUCCUCAGUUGUAAUGUUGCCAAGUUGUGAUACUAAAGAGCCUGUGUUCCAGCAUCACCUGGGGCAGGUGGUGUGGUGUGGUGAGGCUGAGGCCUGCCUCCACAUGUUCACUGUGACGUGUCUGGCUGUGUUAUCUAACGUGUCAACAGUAACUUUCUGAUGCCAAGAUUUAGAACAUGUAACAAUUACCUAUGUACUAAUUUUAGUUAUUAUAUGAUAUACACAUGCUUAUUAUUGUCAAAAUUAUUUUUUUUACAGUUCACUGGAAUAUGUUUCUAUUUGUUGUAUUUUAUUGUGUACUUGAGAGAUCUGAUGAUAUUUUAAUCUGUUCAGUCUCAUCCUUACCCUGAAAGGGCAGAGGAUUUUAUGUUAUCACAAACUGUUUUUUUUUUUUUUUUUAUAACAUGGGCAGUUUAGGUUGGGCCAAGCAGGUUCCUGGUGUUGAUAAUGAUAAAGAUGCGCUUCCCACAUGGUCACAUCAUAUGUUCCUCCAGCUCUUUAUUCCAAAACUUUAGAAGUUUUACUCUUCCAACUUUUGUAUUGUACAGAUAAUAUGUCAUCAUUAUUUGUAUAUAGUAUAUAUUAUAGUUAGAGGCAAA